ACGGCAAUCAAUUUGGGAUCACGCUCGCGAUUGUGCCGUCGAUAGAUGGCUGGAAUGUAAAGAGGCAGUCUCGCUUCGGAGAGAUCGAAAUCCGUCGAGCCGUGCUCUCCAGCGCCACAUGCACCGAGAACGAGGUUGAGCGAGGACGAUCGGCAGAGCAGAGCAGAGCAGGGCAGGGCAGAGAUGGCGUGGAUUUCGCCCUCCGCGUACGCUCUGGCCAGCUCGCAGUUCCACCGGCCCACUCCGCCCUCCACUUUCCUGCCUCGCCUUCCUCUGAUUCUACGCCAUGCGAGGAGUGCAGCUGUCGAGGAGGGGAAAUCGAGCCCGAGGCCCCGAGGCUGUUCUGCAUCGUUGUGUGCACCGGGCGGUGUGGCAGAGCAUCGACUAUUAUUCGGGCGGGAGUGCGGAUUGAAAUCGAGAAUCGGAGGUAGUUCUCUGCGUAGAGCGCACUCCGAUCGAUCUGUCGAUGGCGGGCCGCGGCAGCUGCACAAUGUGCGUCGGCUGAGGAUUUCGGCCGUGCAGAGCGUCAUCGGGCCCCAAUGCGGGCGCACUUUGUUCAUGAUCCUGGCAGCGUGUGGAGCCAUCGGGCAGCUGCUGGAGGAGAGAACGACAUGGGGCGGUCGACUGUCGGCACCGCUCCUGGCGAUGGGCACCGCAAUGCUCCUCUCUGCGACGGGCGUCAUCCCUUGCGCUUGCCCGGCGUACGACAUGGUGUUCUCGACCAUUUUGCCUCUGGCAGCUGCGCUGACGCUGCUGGAGACGGACGUCUGGCAAGCCUUCGGUGACGCCGGCGCAACUCUCAAGGCUUUCGCGUUCGGGGCUCUCGGAACCGUGCUCGGCACUUUCAUCUCGUUCAAAAUCAUCGGACGAUUUCUCGGAGCUGAUGGUUGGAAAAUUGCCUCGUGCCUGUGCGCGAGCUAUGUCGGAGGGUCCAUCAACUACGCCGCGACUGCGCAGACUCUCGGCCUCACUUCCGGGAGCAUGCUGGCUGCAGGAAUGGCGGCCGAUAACUUAUGUAUGGCCUUGUACUUCGGUUGCAUAAUGUCAAUUCCCGACGACUCCGUGGCCGAUGUCCAGAAAGAUGGCACGGAUGCGAGCUCAGGUCUUCAAAAAGAUGGCCCUGCCAGUCCGACUGUCGAAUCCAUCGCCGUUUCCCUCGCGGUUGCUGCAGCCGCUUGCUCAGCUGGUGAUGCGCUCGCUGGAUUUUUGCCAUCGGACUUCGAAGGCUCUGGAUUGGCUCUCAUGGCCGUGGUGGCAUCGAUCUGCAACGCCCUAGCUGGAAAGUUCUGCGGUGCGACUCGUGGUGGAAACAUCCCUCUGUUUGCAGGAGCUCAAAAUAUGGGGCAGUCCCUGAUGCUCCUGUUCUUUGCGGUGGUGGGAGCCUCGACCGGAGUGAAGCAAGCCAUGGCCGGAGGUUGGCCUCUCAUCAGCUUCAUCACUGUCCUCGUGUCCGUGCAUCUUGCUACGAUUUUGCUGCUCGGAAAGCUCGCCAAAAUCCCGAUGCGCUCGAUUUUGGUCGCCUCGAACGCCAACAUUGGAGGUCCUGGCACGGCUGCUGCCAUGGCCAACUCUCGCUCUUGGCCGGGUCUGGUUCGACCAGCCUUGUUGGUGGGCACUCUGGGCUACACCAUCGGCACUGCCAUUGGAGUCCUUCUCGGGGUGCAUGCACUUCAACCCAUGCUCAAAACGUUUCCACUGAUUAUCUAGUGCCAUGGCUUUCGAGCAUCAUGUACAUACUCUGGCUCCGAGAGCUCAUCUCGCUGUACAGCUCAGUGAAAGCUGAGUGCCACCCACAAGAGGGUUGCUGCUGAGAGAUUGUAUCAUUCUUACUUAUAGACGGCAAUAUGUACUAUAGUUGUUCUUAACGUGAUGUCGGAUAUGAGACAUUACCUAAACCCGAAAUUUAACAAACACUGUUCAAGUGC